GGGUUGCGUUGUGCAAGACAAAAAAAAUGGCAAAACUCACUCUCUCAGUCUCCGUUUGUCUUCUGGGAUUGUUUCUUCAGGCUGAAUGUUCAGUUUUUAUCGAUAACCAACAAGCAAGCUCAGUUUUGCCUAGGCAAAAGAGGUUCAAUUCCAAAAGGCUGGAGGAGGUUGUUUCAGGGAACCUCGAGAGGGAAUGCAUCGAAGAAAAAUGCAGUUAUGAAGAAGCACGAGAAGUUUUCGAAAACGAGGAAAAGACGAUGGAGUUUUGGAAAGGGUACCUUGAUGGAGAUCAGUGCAACCCAAACCCAUGCAAGAAUGGAGGCUCCUGCCAGGACGAACUGAAUUCUUACGUGUGCUGGUGCCCGCUGGGGUUCGAAGGGAGGAACUGUGAGCUAGAUUCAACCUGCGCGACCAAGAACGGAGGAUGCAAGCAAUUCUGCAGGAAUGACCUGCAACACAAAGUGGUUUGCUCCUGUGCCGCUGGCUACACACUUCACGAAGACAGAAAAACCUGUAUCCCGGCAGUGCCAUUUCCCUGCGGGAGGAUUUCAGCGCCAGAAGCCAAAAGCAAGAUUACCCGAGCCAUGAACACUUUUGAGGAGUGGGACAUCACCAAUUCUACCGAGGACGAAGCUGCAGACAACGCUGCAGGCAACGUGACAGACUACACGACGGGCAAUCCCACCAACGAUGUGACACCCACCCCGAGUCGCAUCGUGCCUAUCACCAAACCAGAUACGCGAGUUGUUGGUGGGACAGAUAGCAAGAAGGGGGAAAUCCCUUGGCAGGUUCAUCUGAGGCAUAAGGAUGCAGGAUUUUGUGGUGGGUCUAUUGUCAAUGAGAGAUGGAUUGUAACGGCAGCACACUGUCUGGUGCCUGGGGCAGAGAUUACUGUGGUAGCAGGCGAACACGAUACCAAGGCUGAGGAUGACACUGAGCAGCACCGGAAAGUAAUAAACAUCAUUCCCCACCCCACCUACGAUGCCAAGAUCAAUAAGCACCAUAACGACAUUGCGCUGCUGGAGCUGGAGAGUCCCCUGCAGCUCAACAGUUACGUUACGCCCAUCUGCAUCGCAAGCAAGGACUUCACCAACAACCUCCUGAAGAACGGGAUAGGCACCGUGAGCGGCUGGGGGAGCCUGCUGUUCCGCGGCCGGCCGGCCCAAGUCCUGCAGGUCCUGAAAGUGCCGUACGUCGACCGCUCAACGUGCCUGAAAAGCAGCUCGUUUUCCAUCUUGCAGAACAUGUUCUGUGCAGGUUACCCAGCAGGAGGGAAAGACACCUGUGCGGGGGACAGUGGAGGCCCUUACACUACAGACAUAGAAGGGACCUGGUUUCUCACCGGAAUAACCAGCUGGGGAGAGGACUGUGCGCAGAAAGGCAAAUAUGGGAUCUACACCCGAGUGUCCCGAUACGUCAAGUGGAUUCAAAACAUGACAAAGCUCCCUUAAUCAACACAGACUUAGACACUGCUGCUGCUUCCCUCUGCAUUGACUGACCGCUGGGGAAUCCUGCAGUCCUAAUUCAGUUCUUCUUGAAUCAUGGCAUUUUAACGCGCGGUGAUAAUUGAACUAAUUUUUCUUUUUUUGAAGAACAAAGAAUAUCGAGAGCUGGAGUAUGCAUGGGAGGGAGGGGUGGGGAGACAAAGCUGCAUUCAUGAUAAAUACCCAAAUCCUACCCUUCUUCAUGAGCCUGUCGCUGGGUUUGGCACGUUCGUCGUAGCAAAGGUCAGGAUUUGGCUUCGAGCCGGCAGUAUCAUGAGCUCAUUCAACAAUUAAAAGAAUAUUACAUUGCUCUCUGAAAUGAUCAGUCAGGAAGCUUGUCCGUGGACCUCUUCCAUGCAGUAGGCAAUCUUUGGGAGAGAUCAGCGAUGUGUCAAAAUUGGCAUGUGUGUAAAAUGACCUGAAAUCACGGACCUAUUAAACUAGUAUGAAAGUCACUGCAGGCUUCGCGAUAAUGAUUUCUUCUGAGGCCCGUCGAGCUUAUGAAAAGAUAAUUGUUUAGCAUCCAUCCCCGUGACACAACACUCUUCAGAGUGAUCACAUUUAAUUAGAAAAGACACGCUCGCUUCCCCUGCCGCUGUCAAUGGACACAGCUUUGGUGACUUCCUUGGAGCCAGGGAGACUUCAGGCCUGCAACCCCCACUGCUGUUUCUAACAUCUCACAUGGUAUUUCUGCUCAGGAAGUGCUUGCAAAGUGCUGCCAUUUCAGAAGGGCACUGCCCCUGACAUAUCCAGUUUGCAUUAGGGUUGGACCCAGAGGCUAACUGCCUCUGCCUUUGGCCAAACUAGAUUUUCAAAACCCAGGUUGAGCAGCUCCUUGGCUUUGGAGAUGUAACAAGUCCAUGGGCACCCGAGUUCCUGCAGAUGCCUGAGGCUCUGCCAGCAGCACCUUGUUCUUGUCAGUGCUGAGCAUCUUGGCACCCAGGUCAUACCUAAGCACUAGUAGGACUUGCAAACAAGGCUCUCGCUAGGGCAAUCUUAGGGCACAUCUAACCUACAAAGGACAGAAGAAGGAGCUGCAGCACUUUCCCCUCCUCCACCUUUAUCGCUGGUUCACCCAGGAUAGAGGACAGCUGGAUUCAGUUCCCUUCACCUAACAGGUUUGCACCUACAUCUUCUCCGUGCAGCCCCAGGUUGCAUGGGGUGGGGGUGGGCAGGCACCUCUGAGGUGGACAGGAGACUUGCAAUCCCUAAAAAGAGAAAGGGCUGAGUGUGACCAUACACCCUCCAGACUAUGCCAGGACAAGAAAUGUAAAACCUGCCAACACAUCUCCAUCACCCCCACAAUUACAACACCCCACAACAGAACCGGCACCAGUCCUGGAUCUUACACGUGCACCUCCAGAAAUGUAAUAUAUCUCAUCCAAUGCACCAAAUGCCCUAUUGGAAGAUAUAUAGGAGAGACCGAACAACAACUGUGCACCAGAAUGGGCGCACACUGAAAAUCCAUCGAAGACAAGAAUACCCAAUGACCGGUGGGGGCACAUUUCUCACAAGAAAGCCACUCUCUCCCCAAUCUCUCAGUUCUAAUCCCCAAAGGGAUUUUACAAAACACCUCGCACAGACGAGCCUACGAACUUCACUUCAUCAACCUACUGGAUACAACAAAUCAUGGACUAAAUAUAGACAUUGGAUUUAUGCCACACUAUAACCUGCUUGACAUCUGACUCCCCAAGUACCUCUCCACUAUUUACCAGCCUCAUUCAUUCUCUCCUCCAACCCCUCAAACUCCUCAAUUUACAUCUUCAUUGACUGCCUUUCUUGCCUGCAGACCAGCCUCUGGCUUCUUUACUAUCCCUCGCGUCCAGGAAGAGCACACACCAACUGCAGAUGCUUCCUCAGCCUGACAAAGGGUAUCUGUAUUCAAAAGCUUGCAAAGAAGAAUUUUUCCAGCUAUUUGAGUUGGUCCAAUAAAAGAUAUCAGAUUUACCUGAAGAA